AUGGACGCAGGCGCAGAGGCUGCGGCUCCUCCCGUUGCCGUUUUCAAGAAGAGAGGGGCCAAGGGCAAGGCCAAUAUCCGCAAGAGGCCCGCCACGCCACCACCCGCCAACAGUGACUCCGACUCCGACUACUCCUCCGAAGACGAGACAGGCCAACGAGUAAAGAGACGGAAGAAGACCGGCGCCAUCACCGCAUCCUCAAAAGACCAAGCCGCCUCGAGGCAGGAGCUAUCAGCCACAGUCUUCAAAGCCGAUCGUAAUGUUCCCAUAACGGAUAGCAACGAUGCGACGAAGCACAGCAACUGGUAUGACGAGGAUGGCAAGGGCGCGCUCGACGCAAAGAACCUUCUUGGUUCGACACGGUCGAAGCCAUCGCAAGCGCCUGACGGAACAUACAAGGGGCUCGCAAACCAGACAUCGUUCAUCCAGAAGAACCCCGAUGCGCCAAGCCGAACAGUAGGGCCCAUCAAGGCACCUACGAACAUCAGAACCAUCACCGUAACCGACUUCGCUCCGGACACAUGCAAAGAUUAUAAAAAAACGGGUUUCUGUGGAUUUGGCGACAACUGCAAGUAUCUGCACGCUCGCGAAGACUACAAGGCGGGCUGGCAGCUCGAUAAGGAAUGGGAGAGUGUCACAAAGGGCAAGAAGAAUAUAGGAGGCACCGUGGUAGCGAGCGCGGACAGGACCAAUGUGGAGAACGACGAUGACGAUGAGGAGGACGCGAUGCUGGAGAACAUCCCAUUCGCGUGCAUCAUCUGUACAGAGGCGUACAAGGCGCCGAUCAUCACGAGAUGCGGGCAUUACUUCUGCGAGCCAUGCGCGCUCAAGAGGUACAGAAAAGACCCGACGUGUGCUGCCUGCGGGGCAGGCACAAACGGCGUCUUCAACUCUGCCUCGCGCUUGAAGAAGCUGUUGGAGCGCAAGAGAGAACGCGCUGCAAAGAAGCGCCAGGAGGCGAUUGAGGCCGGUGAAGAGGUCAGCGAUGAGGAAGAAGAAUGA